AUGAUGAACAAUAAUGAAAGUGAGGCUGAGAACCAACGUCUCCUGGAUGAACUAAUGAAUCAAACAAAAGUUCUACAGGAGACUUUGGAUUUUUCGUUGGUGACACCCACUCCACAUCAUAAUGAUGAUUAUAGGAUUCAGGGAAGCGCUUACCCAGGUGGUGAGACCCCGGCUCAGCAGCAUGAGAAACUCUCUUAUAUUAAUACACACAACUCCAACGAUAAUAAUAACUUGAUGGGAAGCCAAGCGAGAUCCAGUUCACAAACACCUACACCUUCGAUUAUAUAUGAGGAAGGAGAAUCCCAAUCGUCUUACUUGGAUGAUAUGUUCAGAACAGGCGAAGGCGGUAGGCCUCGCACCCAAAAUUCCAUAUCUUCCAUAGGGCAGGCUCCCUUGAGGACAUCCUUUUCUAUGCCCUACGACUCACCUGUGGAUAGAGCAACAAACGCAUCAUUGAACCAACAAGAAGGCUUAAAAACCGAGUUGCCACAAGACUUUUUGUUCCAACAUAGCACAGAUGAUACGAUGUAUAACUUGACCGAUGAUGUAAGCUCUUCUUUAUCUUCUAGCAUCAAUUCUGAUAUGAUGACCCCAAACAUGUAUUCGUCAUCCUUUUCUUAUAAUCCACAAACUUUGGGUUCUGCAUCCAUAUCCUCCACAUAUUCUCCAAAAGUGAGGUCACCAUCAUCGUCCUUCCGUGCAGGAAGUUUUCUUUCAUCGUCUUUUAGGCAUGGUAGCAUAAAUACCCCCAGAACAAGACAUACUUCAAUAAGCAGUAAUAUGACUGAAAAUUUAGGGCCCGGAAGUGUUCCUAAAGCCCUGACUGGAUUGACUUCAGAUGAGAAACUGAGGCGCAAAAGAGAGUUUCAUAAUGCUGUCGAGAGAAGAAGAAGAGAACUAAUAAAACAAAAAAUAAAAGAACUAGGUCAGUUGGUUCCACCAUCUCUAUUAAAUUAUGACGAUUUAGGUAAACAAAUCAAACCAAAUAAAGGCAUCAUCUUAGAUAGAACAGUUGAAUAUUUACAAUACCUGGCUGAAAUUUUGGAAAUACAAUCACGAAAAAGGAAGGCUUUAUUGGCUAAGAUAGAAGAAUUGGAAAACAAGAAAAACUCUGUAGCAUCCUUAUCUCCUUUUGCCAAUAAUCAUCAUGUGACUUCGAGACCAAGUGAUAACGAGAAAAAUGAGGAAAGGAUUAUAGACAUUAGGUCCGUUCCGAAUACUUCAUUGAAUGAAACAAAUGUCAAAGCUGAAUUCCACAAUUGGGAGCCACCAAUAUAUGAUUCGGUCAGCAACCACGAUCAUCCUGGUAGUAUGGAAGCGCAUCCACAUACAAACAUUCAUGAUGAAUUAAAGGAAUUCUUAUCGGGGGAUUUGAUUGAAGCCGAAGAUAAUGCAAAAUUAAUGUUUGGAGAUGACAAUGCCAAUCCCGCCGACUAUCUUCUAGAAUUUGGAUCAGGAUAA